CGGACAACACACCUCACUGUCAAAUUGUUAGCAUUGCACUCACCGUCGAGACGAAAAGAACCUUAAUAAAUAUUAUGAAAUCGUUCGUCUCUAACAAAAUAAAGUCAAUGAUGGAGCAACUUAAAGAGACGGUGUUCAUUAUUUUGAUUGCGUUCAAUGUAAGUAAAAUUUCCAUGCAUAUGGUUUAUUAGAUUUCGGUAGGAUGUAUUCAUUCAUUCUAUAUACUAAAUCUCUUGCCGUCUAUAUUGUUUCAAUGAGAAUAUAGCUUUCAAGCUUAAAAUUGGUAGCACAGUGUGUUUAACAAUCAUCUAGUUGAUUUAACAUACACACAAUUUAUAUAACAACCACACAUUAUUUUAAGCAAUAACACAUGUUGUUUAACAAUCACCUAAUUUGUUUAACAAUCACACAAUUAUUUUAACAGUCAUGCAAUUAGUUUCACAGUAACACAAUUUGUUGAAUAGAUUAUUUUGUCCAGAAAAUGAUGACUUGAUAAAAUAAUGUUUCCAUUCAUUUAGUCCAGAUGCUGGGCAGUGUCCAGUAAAACUUUAAAUGGCGUCUACCAAUGUAUCAAAAAAAUUACUGCCCGGGGGCGGACUAAUGAAUAAACUUGUCUUUGUGAGGUGGAGGCCAUUUUAUCGCUUGAUUCUCUAUCUAGAUCUCCCGCUGAUAAUGUCUAGCGAGAGUGCCCCUUCACCCACUUCACCCCCUCUCAUACACUUUCACCCCCCUUCACACACCACCUCCUUUCACCAUCUUCCCACGGCACUCUGUCCCUGACUAAAAAUUGACAACAGAACCAACACUUAACAUAUCACUCACUAUAACAUUAGAAAAGUGUUAUGAAAAUGGUAUCUUCAAUUUCUUUAAUAACAUAAAAAUAACGAGAUGAAUUGUCGCAAGAUGAAGUUUAUUUAAACACUUUUGAAGAAUUAAGUAAAUCUAGAUAUAGCCCACCAAACAUAGGUGACAGCAAUGCGUGAACUUCCCAUCUACUAAAGUUACUUGACAAAACAUAAACUCAAGUAACGCACAUUUAAAAGAAUCCCAAUAUUUGCUACACCCUUUCCCCCAUGAUACGUCACUGCACACUUGUUAUUUCACUCCCACGAACUAUAUUAAUAUUCUCAUGUCCAAACCACUUGUAAACCGAAUAUUUUUUAAACAGUACUUCAAUUGUGACGAUUUCAUUUCAGAAAAAAAAAUAUUACGCACCAAACGCAAUUGCAUUAUUAAAAAAUAUUAUAUAUAUAUACCAUUUAGCGCAGUUAUCGAGAAUUCUAUUUUACGCGCUAGUGAACUCAUUAUUGAACAACGCUCUGGGGCAUCUAUACAUAGCCUGCGUGAUGUUUGACUCGUCUUUUUUUACAUUUGCUGGCGAAUUAUAUUUAUCGAUAUAUCAUUUAGCCUAGUUAUCGGCAAUUAUAAUUUGCUCUCUAGUAAACUCAUUAUUAACCACACUCUGGGGUUUCUAUAUAUGGGCUGCUUGGUGGUGUUAUAUAUAUAUAUAUAUAUAUAUAUAUAUAUAUAUAUAUAUAGAGAGAGAGAGAGAGAGAGAGAAAGAGAGAGAGAGAGAGAAAUAUUGUUUUGAGGUGUGAAAAAUGCAAAAGCUAACAUGAUAUUUAACUAAGUAACUAUGGUUUUCAUGUCAAGAUUUUGUUAUAGUUUAUCGUAUGCCUAUAUUAUUCCAUCUCUAACGUGGGUUAGCUUUAAGCUUUUUCUUUUCAAAAAUCCCGACACUAUAAAAAAUAUCUAUGAUUAUCCGCCCUUUGAUGUCUCGGUAUCGGGUUCAUUGAAAAAAAACCUCCAUCCUAUUUGAAGCAUUUCAUUUUUCCCGUUAACUGGUUCAUUUGUAGAGACUGACCGCUUUCGGCUUCGGCUUCGGUUUUGGCGCCGAAAGUGGCCAUUUAUCACUUUCGGCCAAGUUUCAUUUUCGUCCGAAACUUAAAAGUUAACUUUCGGCUUAAUUUCGGUUUCGGCCGAAAAUGAUUUAGAAUUUCGCCCAUCUGGCUGAAAGUGACUGAGGUUUUCGGUCAUCUAAUACUCAGCGAAAGCGAUAUUUAAAAACAAACUAAGCGUCAUUUAAGAACAAACUAAACGAUCUUUAAGAACAAAUUAAGCGAUAUUUGAUAACAAACUAAACAAUAUUUAAGAACAAACUAAGCGACAUUUAAGAACAAACUAAACGAUCUUCAAAUUAAGCUAUCUUUAAGAAAAAUCUAAGCGAUCUUUAAGAACAAACUAAACGAUCUUAAAGAAAAAAUAAAACGAUUUUUAAGAACUAACUAAAUGAUCUUUAAGAAAAAUGAAAAUGAUCUUUAAUAGUAAACUAAAUUAUUUAUAAGAAUAAACUAAGUGAUCUUUAGCAGAAAACUAGAUGUUAUUUACGAACAAACUAAAAUAUAUUUUAGAACAAACUAAAUUAUCUUUAAAAAAACUAAGUGAUAUUUAAAAACAAAAACAAUGAUCUUUAAUAACAAACUAAGCUUUCUUUAUGAACACCAAACGAUCUUUUAAUAACACAAACUAAGCGAUCUUUAAGAAAAGUCCUAGCUAUAUAUUUUGAACAAACUAAAGGAUGUUUAAGAACAAACUUAAAGAUCUUUAAACAAAAUCAAAGCGAUAUUUAAGUUCAAACUAAGCGAUCUUAAUGAACUAAACGAAUUUUAACAACAAACUAAAUGAUCUUUAAAAACUAACUAAGCAAUCUUUAAGAAAAAAUUAAGCGAUCUUUAUGAUUAAACUGAGCGAUCUCUUAGAACAAACUUAGCGCUCUUUAUUAACAAACUCAACGAUCUAUGAGAACAAACAAAUCGAUCAUUUACAACAAAGUAAACGAUCUUUAACAACAAACCAAGUGAUCUUUAUGAAGAAGCUAACCGAUCUUUAAGAACGAAUAAAGCGAUCAUUAACAAAAAACUAAACGAUCUUUAACAACAAACUAAGCGAUCUUUAAGAACAAACUUAACGAUCUUUAGCAACAAACUAAGUGAUCUUUUAGAACAAACUAAGCAAUCGUUAUGAAUAAACUCAUCGAUCUUUAAGAACUAACCGAUCAUUACCAACAAGUUAAACGAUCUUUAAGAACAAACUUAACGAUCUUUAAGAGCAAACUAAAUGAUAUUUGAGAACAAGCUAUGCCAUCUUUAAGAACAAAUUAAACGCUAUUUAAAUACAAAUAAAGCGAUCUUUAAGAACAAAUAAAGCGAUCCUUUAGAAGCAUGAUCAGAACAACAAUUUUAAGUGACCCGGUUUGAAAUAUAAUUUUCACCACCAAUGGGGGUGAGGGAGGUAAGUCUCCGAAAGAAAUAAUUACGUCACCAGCACGGAAAAACUGGAGUGUUGUUAUUAGGCUGAAUAUUAUUAAAAUGAUAUCUUGCAAGCUAUUAAUGAAAACACAAAGCAUUAGUAUUACGAAAACAGUGAAACAUUAUGUUGAUAUUUUUAUAGCCUCAAUAACAUGUAUUUAGGUGGUAAUUGUGUCUAUUAGAGCCACAAUAAUUGUAGUAGGUAUAUAAUCUAAUUUGUAAUUAUAUUAUACAAGCAAAGACACCCAAAAGUCUAUUUUGCAUUAAUUUUGCCUCCUCCAUUUUGCCAAAUUUUCUCCUUCGAUUCAAUUUUUUAAAUUAAAUUUAAGCAAUUUAAAUUACUUUAUAUUAAAAUUUAAAAUCCAAAAUAUUGAUUAGAUCAAGGGUCUCAAACUCAAAUCAUCAGGGGGGACAGUAGUGGUAGUGUCUGAGUGAGAGUGGGCCUCAUCAAGUACUCUACAAAAAAAGCGAUUACAACUGUUACAAUCUGCUCAACCUUUGUAAAUAAUAAAAACUUUAAGGGUUCUCAAGAAAUAGGAUGCAUUUUCUUCCACCUACUCACUGUUGCCAGAGACGUGGCAGCGCUUCUUGUUACACAGCUGAGCAACUUUGGUUUAAGUUAGGAAACAACUAAGACUCUCAGUAUAGCUUGAAGAUCAGUAACUUCAGCCCCGAACUUUAACUUGUUAAAUUUCAUAGUGGAAAAGAGCUAUUCACACAGACAGGUGCUCCCAAAAAGUCGUAAGUUCCGCUUGAAGAACCUAAAAAUUUCAGGGAAGGAGGAGGGCAAUGCCAUAAAAUGUCCAUGUUUGUCUGUUUUCCUAAUCAGCUGCCGUUAUUCAUAAAAAGGAUGUAAAUAUUUAUCAUUUCCCCCAUCAUUUUAGAUGUAUGCAGAAUGUAUGCGGGAACGAAUUUUAAAAUAUCUAAACAUUUCAUUUUGGAUUUCGGCUUCGGUUUCGGCCGAAAGUCAUUUUAAACUUUCGGCCUUUUUCGGUUUCGGCCGAAAGUCAUUUUGAAAUUUCGGCCUUUUUCGGCUUCGGCUGAAAUCAGAAAAUCACUUUCGGUCUGUCUCUAGGCAGCUGUAUAUUCAAUAGAUUUUUAGCAAAUUAGAUCUGCUAUUUUUAUAUCAUAUAUCGUGAAAAGUAAAUAAUCGUACCUUUAAAUUAUGAAUUGCUUCUUUCAAGCCCAAAAUUGCGCCCACCUAUAUAAAAGAAAAAAAAAAAAAACAUUCCUUCAAAAUAAGUUUUUUGGUAUAAAUGUUUUAUAUGCAUUUUUUGGUAGAAAAUAUUAAAUUGCUAAGUUACGUCACAAAGAAUAUAAUCAAAAAGCAUAGACAACCAUCAAGGUUAGUUUAACAUUUUGAUUCAUAAGACCAACAUGGAGCCCAACCAACAUGGAGUACGACCUAACAGCACACAAACAUGACGUCACAACACAAGAAGCUAUGUGGUGUGCAAAACAAGGCAUAAUUUGGUCAUUUUCAAACAUGUCUGUUUGCGUUUAUGUAGUUGUACUUGAUUUAUUAUUUGUUAAGAAGCGUUUGUGUUAAAGGGUAAACUUCUGGCAAAAUAAUAUUUUAUAUUUCCUUCAUUUUCCCCUUUUUUAAAAACUGCAUACCCAAAACAUCAAAUAUGAUAAGCACAUAGCAUCAGCUGCUCACUGAAUCUCAACACAAAAGCACGUACUCAUGGAACAAAUGAUUUAUCUUACCCUUAGAAACAGGAAAAACUUUCUGCGGGUUUUGGGAGUAGAAAAGUGUAUGUUGUCAUCAACAAUGAGUUUAUUUCCCCAGUUUCAGGUCGAUAGGAUGACGUGAUGUGGGUCAAUUAGCCAUCAAGGAGAUUGAUCAUUAACACAAACCAAAACGAAGUAAAAAUAAAUGAAUAAAAAAACGUACACUCCAACUUAAUGCGCCACUGUGUCUGGUGCUACGGACGUCAAAGAAUUACAAGGAACAUAUUAACCCCAUGCGCGAUAAAUGUAACCUUUAGUACACAUUUUGAGAUAGGGUUAUCCUAAAACGUAUUGAUGAAUUUGGAAACAAUUUGAGUUAUCUUGCCAUUCACAUUUAUUCAUACGUAUAUUUGGAUCUGAAGAAGGUUUGUCGCAAGGUUUGUCGCAAGGUUUGUGAAAUUCUGAAGCAGAUUUCACUCCCCGGUUCUGCUUGUUAAGGUGCUUCUCAUAUUUCAAUGUUUUUUUUUUUAAAAUUAAGUUAUUAAGUCAGUGCGUCGUGAAUGCAUUGGGGAUGUGUCUCAAUAAGAUAUCGUAGUACAUUUUUCUUGGAGAAGAAGAAUCUUUGUAACUCAGUAUUAGAUGCAGGAGAUUUUGAAGAACAUUUUCUCAGAUCUCUAGAAGAUGAAUAUGGUUAAGUUCAUAAAGUAAUACAAGAGCAGCAAGGAGUAUAAGAUAGCAAAAAUAUUGGUGACCAAACGCAGCGCUGCUUCGAUCUGCAAUUUAAUUAAUAGAUCCUUAGUGCCCCUCCAAAGAACAAUGAUCUGUUCAUUAAAUGUCUGAACAGGAAUGCUGUUAAGGGUCUUGGAAACAAAUAAUUCAUGACAACCUUGCCAAUCCAGUCUGGUUGAACAUUAUAAUUUUUUUAAUAAAUUAAACAAAACGUAAUGUGGAAUCUGAUGUUUGACACUUUUGACUACUUUUAGUUUCAUUUUUAGAUACAUUUACUAUUCAGGUAAAUAUAGAAAGGUAGCAACUAUUUUCAAAAUUUCGCAAUUGAACCAGAUUGAGAACACCUGUUCUGAACACAAAAAUGAUUCAUUCCAAUUUUAAAUAUUUCUAUAAAAAAAUAACAGGUUUUUCUUCAUUUAGAAACCAUAUUUCAAUUACAGCUGUUUCAUUUGAGUGGUUCUCAACCCCCAUGCAUCACACCACCACUUCCCAGCCUCAAGGCCCAAGGCGAAUUCUGCAAAGAUUCAUCAGAAUGUGCAUCUUAUGUCUGCAAGAAUAACGUGUGUACCUGCCCUGAAAGUACCUAUUUUGACCUUUGCACCCAGUCCUGUGUCAACAGUAAGUGCCAGCGUUGUACUCAGAUAGUUCAUUUCAAGCAUGAUAUUUGGAAACUUGUGAACUGCUAACACAAUUUGUUUAAAUAAUAUUUUUCAAUUAUCUUUACAUGACAUGAUCAUUGUGACCUAUUUAAUUUUUUUUUUCCUAUUUUUUUUUUUAUUCCAGUUGUUUAUUUCAGGCUGAAUUCAGUUUUUGAAUGUUUUAUUUUGUUCAAAGCCCAAAAAGAAUGAUCCACAUUUUCAAAAAAAAUUAUUCUUAAUAAAAUUUUCAGGAAUUUAUUCAAUCUAAUUUCAAGUUUAGCUUGAAUGGGUAGAUUCAUUUUAUUAUCUUAACACUCUUUCGAUAUAUGUACAUAUAAUCUAUCAUUAGUGUUAUUACAGAACUUGACUCUGUCUUUAUAUGUGUGUAUAACAUUACCAUACGCGUGGUUUCACAUUUUGAGCCUCAUUUAAUAUGUGUGCAUUAAAGUUAACAUAAGUGUUAUUCCAGAUUUUCAAUGCAAAGACUUAAGUAUCACACAACUUGUUUACCAUUUAGACUGUAACUCGACUGUUAAAGUUGAGACUUCAGGACACAUUGUGAGAUUGCCUCAGCCAAGCACAUCUCAACAGUCCCAGUACUGCACAUGGUCACUCGAGGCGCCAGCUGGUAGCUUUAUUUUGUUCAGGUCAGUUUUAUGUUUUUAA